AUGGCCUUUAAAGAAUUUUUGUGUGCUGUUGUUCUUAUUGCAGAUGGUACUGAAGAUGAAAGAAUCAAGUUUUUAUUUGGAUUUUAUUCCAGCGAGCCUUACAACGUCAUCAAGAAACGAGAAUUUGAAAUCACCGUGUCUAAAACUGAGGACUAUCUACCCAAUGAAAUAACCACACUCUUUAGAGAUGUGUUGGAAGAGACUGACGUCAUGGACAUAGAAAAAGUUUUUUGGUUACUGAAAGGUCAAAGUUCGAGCCUCGACAUUGAGGUCUUCAAAAAGGUCCUUGUGCCCCCACUCAAUGACCAGUUGGCCGGAUAUCUGUUUAAAGCAUUGGACGAGAAUGAUGACGGCGAGAUGGAUAUGAAAGAGAUGGUCUGCGGUGUUUCGGCCUGCUGUCGAGGUCCACUCGUUGACCAGUUCAAAUUUUGCUACAAGAUGUUUAACAGAGGCCGCUCGAGUCAGAUGAACUCGAUGGAUAUACGUGAGAUGAUGAAUGUUCUGCUGUUUAUCAGGGAUAACAUUUGUACCUCAACGCAAUUGACCCUGGAUAACGAGAGAGGAGAGAUGUGGAUUGAGAGAGGACCGAGUGGAGUUGUCAACUGCAAUCUGAUUGUACAACUUGAUAAAGCCUCACCAUCUCUAACGAACGAAGGCGGACUGUUGAGGAGAGAUAAGGCGUUGAAGAGAGAGGUGCACUAUGAAAUUGUGUCCCCGGCCAUUUGGAAGGUGUUCAAUAAGUGGUACGGCAAGGCAGAUGUUGCUUUAGCUCGGAAAGUGAUCAUACCGUAUGACGGGGCCCAACCCGAGUUAGAGCUUUACCCAAUCCAGGUGCACCUCAUAAGGCCCCUAUACCACCCACUACAAAACAACAGUCACAACCAUUACAAGUUCAGCAUUCUUAAUGCAACCAACGCCUUUGCUAAUGUUACGGAUCAGCGAACCUCGAUGAACUUUGACCUUUCGUCGUCGUCGUCGUCGUCGACACGCUUCAUGACGUACACGGCCACAUUUAGUCGCAAGGAUACGGUAGAGGAAGUUAGCGCGUGUAUCAGUAAUAAGUUGAAGGUCGCCUGUGAAGAUAUGAGGCUGUGGUCCCUCUUCAGAGAGAAACCGAUGAAAUUAUUGGAUGACGAUAGCAAGACAUUAGAGCAACUGCAAAUUUUUGACAACCAUCAGCUGCUCAUCGAAGUUCGAAACAAAGAUUUAACCUGGCCUGAAGAGUUACUUCAAAUGGCGAGGAAUCAAGCUCUGGUCAACAAUUCUGUCACUGAAAAAGGCACGACAGGUCUAAACAACCUUGGCAACACGUGUUUCAUGAACUCAGCUCUGCAGUGUCUUAGCAAUACGCGCAUUCUCACUGAAUAUUUCAUCAAUAACUGCCAUCUCUGUGACAUUAACAGAACCAACCCUCAGGGAAGUAGUGGCCACCUUGCAGAAAGGUAUGGUCAGCUGGUCAGCCAACUGUGGAAUGGUCAGUUUAAAACCGUUGCCCCACUAAAGUUGAAGCUAACGAUAAACAAGCUGUCUCCAAACUUCAAUGGUUAUCAGCAGCAUGAUGCCCAGGAAUUAUUGUCCUAUGUUCUAGACGGUUUGCAUGAAGAUCUCAAUAAGUAUGCCUUGAUCAGACAAGACCAAUCAAUCAGCCACACCAAGUACGGCCUGCGACUGAACGCCGACGACAUCCACAAAACGCUGAAGCAGCAGCUCUCAACCCUAUCCAACAUUAACGUUAACAGAAUCGUUAUUGCUGAUUGCAUCAAAUCCAUGAUUAGAUCAUUUCCUCGCGACCAUGACAAAGUGCGUCACAGCGUUAGCGGUCAGUUGGUAGCGUACGAAAUGCCCGCCACCUUUCCAACCAAUGUAGCCGUCGAAAGAUUCAUCGAGGCCACUAAUUUCUUGAGGAAACGUCAUCAGCCGCAGCAGCAGCAACAGCAGCAACAAAAGAGUCUCGUUAGAACUCAACGAAACAAUCACACAACGACUUCGUCGUCGUCGUCGUCAUUAUCAUCAUUAUCAGCAGCGACGGCUUCUUCAGCCACUUGCGCCACUUAUAACAGCAUUUCGGAUACUACUACUACUAAUAUUACUCAUAGGAGUUAUAAUUGCAAUAUUAAUAAUAAUAACAAUAAUAAUAAUAGUAAUAAUGAUGAUGAUGAUGAUUGUAACACCAAUUGUAACAAUGUAGAUUCGUUACAACGUAAUGGAAAUAAUGAUGAUGAUAAUGAUGAUGAUAAUGAUGGUGGGAGCGGUGUUAAUGAUGAUAAUGAUACUAGGAACGGCGGUGGUAGUAGUGCUGAUAAUGAUACCAAUUAUACGGACGAUGGUUAUGGUAAUGAUUCUUUGCUCGUCGAUUUUAGCUAUCAUUCAAACCCGAGUUUUAUAAUGGCAUUCCAUAGAAAAAUGAUCACGACGGAUAAUUUCGUCUUCACCUUCCAACACCAAUACACCGCCCUCUUCGGCCUACCGCUAGUCCUACCAUGCCACCAGUUCACCACAAAUGAGGAUAUCUACAACCUCAUCUGGUCAUCCGUGUCAGCUCUGGUCACGCCUCUCCCUCUCUCGAGCCUUUCCUCUCCUAAUCACGCUCUGGACUGUGACGACAGCCUGAAAUACGAGUACCCGUUCACAUUGAAGAUGGUUGACGUUGAAGGUCUCCAUUGCUCCAUCUGCCCCUGGUACAUGUUCUGCAGAGGUUGUACUUUGGCGUGCAACAGUCAGCCAUUCAGCCAGCUGGCAUACUGUCUCUCUAUCGAUUGGCAGCCGACUGCUCUGCAUCUCAGAUACAAGCCUGCGCAUUCACUGGUUGAACACGAGAGCGUAGAGAAAACUCGCCAUUCAACGAACGAAGCAAUAACCUUAGAUACGUGUCUGCACGCCUUCACUUCCGAAGAACAUCUGAACAACAGAGAACUUUAUUUCUGCUCCAAAUGUAAACAGCAUAGAUACGCCGUCAAGAAAUUAGAUCUUUGGUCACUCCCCCCUAUACUGAUAAUACACCUGAAAAGAUUUCAGUUCUACAAUAGCAGGUGGUUCAAAUCUCAGAAAGUCGUUCAAUUCCCCAUCAGGAACUUUGACCUCUCACCUUAUAUCGUGAAAAAUAAUAACAAUAAUAAUAAUAACAAUAAUAAUAAUAAUAACAGUUACAGUAACAAUGAUUGCAAUGACAGUAAAAACAUUAACCUAGCUGGUGAUGUUAAUGAUGAAAAGAAUGUUGUUGUUGAAGAUGAUGAUGAGGAUAAUGAUGAUGAUAAUAAUAUUAAUAAUAAUAAUAAUAAUAAUAAUAAUAAUAAUAAUAAUAAUGAUAAUGAUAAUAAGCAUAGAAAUAAUAAUAAUAAUGGUGGUGAUGAUGACGGUGACAGGCUUCAUGAUGGUUAUUAUUAUAACACUGACAUCUGCGCGAGUGAUAGUGACAACAACAACAACAACAACAAUAAUAAUAAUAAUAAUAAUAACGACAAUAAUAAUAAUGAUAAUAGUCAUAAUAAUAAUAGUGACGUUCAUCUCUAUGAUCUGUACGCAAUUUCGGUAAGUUUUAUAAUAAUAAUAAUAUUAUUAUUAUUAUUAUUAUUGAUGAUAAAAAUUAUUAUUAUUAUUGAUAAUAAUAAUAAUUAUUAUUAUUGUUAUAUUUACAAUUUUCUUCUCAACAAUAUCUCAAACUCUUCAGCAA